CUUAAGCGGGCCUGAAUACACACACUUAGGCAGACCUUUUAACAGACAACACAGAAAUAUGGCGAUGGCAGACACGCUGUUCUUUAAUGGGCGACAAGAUCGCUAUCCUUAUCAUGUCAACUACCCCCCAACUGUGCCGAGGUACCCCAGCUCUCAGGAAAUGUUUAGGCGGGAAUCUCCAGACAAAUAUACUAAAGUAGUGGGAAGAAUAGCUCACCAGGAGUUCAAUACAAAAAUCGCCGAAAAAUCGUCCCACCAGUCUUGGUAUGACAAAUGGUACGAUUCCGGUACUCCCAAACUCCGCAGGGAAGAACUUCCUAAAUUGGUGGACCGUCACGAACCCUGCAAUCAACCGUGGCAAUACACUAUUGGCACCUCUGCUGUCCCAAAGUGGACAAAAGAGGGCAAGGAUUGGCCAAUAUCUAAAGCGUACCUGAACCAAGGUAAACCCGCUACGGAAACCACGCGUGCGCGAGGCAUCAACCGUCUGUCAUUGCCGAAGGAAGAAAAUCUUUACCCGUUCUCCAAUUAUAUGACGUCACAGUACAGAAAACCUGUGUAUUCUAUAUUUGGUCAUCUACAAAAAGACAAAGUUUAUGGAGUAACACACCAACACAACAGGCACGGAAAUAUGCCGUUUGAGGAUUACUAUUGAGUCGAGGACGGUGCAAAAAUUAUAGCAUAUUACUUAAUAUUACUUAGAAUAUAAAUUUUCAUUCUUAGACAAUUUAUUUGAUAUAAUCUGUGUAUUAAUUGUCCACAAAACUGUAAUACUUGUCUUAAAAGCCGUUCUUUACAUUUUUUGUCGGAAAUUUUUAAAAUUCAUGCUUAUUUAUUAUGUUUAAUGUAUGAUAUGAUUGUUGGGAAAUGGGCUCAGAAAUGUUA